UGUUAAAACACAACAAUCAAAUUUGUUUAAAUAAAUUUAGCAAGGCUUUGGUUGUUAAUAAGAAAUUGGACGUGGAUUUGUUGAAAAAAAAAUAAAUUUUUUGGUUAUCAAAUUAGUUUAAAUAAGCCAAUUGUUGUUAAAACGAUAUCGACUUUAACAAUGACCGCCUAUUACUUUUCCUACUCCUCGUUUGAAUCGAUUGUUAUUUCAUUGCUGGUGGUUAUGUUCAUUACCUUAUUGGUAAUAAUUGGAUUACUUGUCGACAUUAUUAAGGUUUUGUCUUUUCAAUUUACAUUUACAACAACCACUAAACUUUCUGAAAUGUUUAAUUUUUCGUUAUCGUCUCAUUGAUUACUCAGCAAUAACCAAACUUUUCUAAUUGAUUUUUGUUUUUAGAGACUUAACGACCUGAAAGACCACUCCAUUUGGGUGCAGGAUCAAGUGAUAAGGUUGAGGAAUGGUGUGACAUGGUUGGUGGAUGAAGUUCGUUUCUUGGAUGAUAGUAUUGACUGGUUGACGGAUCGUAUUGACUGGUUGACGGAUCGUAUGGACCUUGGCGUUGCUGCUGUAUUCAAUCUACUUGCACGAGUACGAUGGUUGGAAGACCGAGUUUUGCGGUUGGAAUUUUUUGCUCGUAGAAGACGUAAUGCGGUGCAAGUUCAAGAGGAGGAAAAUGAACAAGAGAAUCAACAGGAGGGAGUCAAUGGAGGUCUGGUUCUCUUUAACGGCCAUGGAGAGGACGUGAACAUUCGACACCGCCGCCGUAAUAAUUGACACAAAUUUAAAUAUUCGAUAAUUUAACUAAAAUAUUUUUGUUAAAUUUAAUUUGCAUUUAACUUGUAUAAAAAUAAAUACACUCUUUGCGUUUAGGGAAUUGAUUGUCUAGGGAAUUGAUUUUUUUGUUUCUAAUGUUAAUGUCGAAACAUAGGCAUGUUGUUUUUCGCUUUAAGAAUUUUGAUAAAUGGGUAGAAAAAAUUUUACUGAUUUUAAAAAAAAUUUUCGAUU